CCUUUUUGGUUCUGGGCACUUGUUUCCCCAGGAAGAGAUUUCCUUUGAAAACAGACUGCAAAGCGAUUGCUUCCAAGAAGUUGUCAGAGCUGAGAUAUAAACUUUUUUUUUUCUACUCGGUUACAAAGGACCUUGUAAGAAACACUGGGUAGUUGCUAGAGGAAUUUCAAGUAAGCUCAUCCUCUGAAUGUUAGUUCAACAAACCUCAGUUAACUCAAUAAAUACCACAGAGGAAGACUGAGAAUAGCUGAGCUGUGCAAUUAGAGGCUGAGGCCAUAAUAAAUAGGGUUAUUAUAAUGUAGGGCAUCUAGUUUGACUUUAACUAGGAGAUUUAUUUCUAUUAGAAAAACAUUUUCUUAUAAAAUACGUUUGAACAGCUUUGAACUGUUUCUUUUAAUCUUUAAAAAGGUCAUUCAGAGUAAGAUUCAUUAUAACCAAUAUAUAUAAUCAUCUUUCUUGGCAAAAAAGUAAGAACUUGUACUAUUUCCAGUGAACUGUAUGAAUCUACUUUGGAUUCUGAUCAAGACUUCAGUUCUUUCCCGAAGUUUGUUUUAUUUUUUAUUUUAUUCAUAAUAAUUCUCGUGAGUCGCAACUCGGAGAAAUAUAUCAAGGUGAAAUAUGUCUUGAAUUGUCAUAUUGCGUUACAGCGCCCUCCAACGGUGGACCUGCAUUUAUACAAGAGAAUAGUUACACAUUAACUGUACGCGAUAACAGGAAAAGUCGACCAAAAGUGAACAUUAACUCCGCAGAUAAAAGUUCUCCGACAUUGAGGUAAAAAAUAGGUAAAAAAUAAAAACGAUUAUUUAAAGAGUGGAGCAGAGAUUUUCAGUGUCAGGUUUCUCUGUGGCGCAGCAGCUGCUGGACAGUUGGAAUAAACAUAGAGACUGUUUAUAUUUAUAAAUAACCAUCAGACUGUGACCCCGUGUAAAGGUCUAUUGGAUGUGAUAUAUUGCUCUCCCCCGACCCUUAAAGAUGACUUAUAGACCCAUGUGUCUACUACCGUGCCUAUAUUUAGUUGUUGUCAUGUGUGGCCCGGGUCAGCUGGGAUGGCAGCAGGACACGCCUCUGGGCUGAAUGGAGCACGCCGUGCGUAAAGUUCGAGUUGCAGCGGAUCCAUUUUUUCCCCUUCGUAUUUCAAAGUUUCUUAAAAGUAAUUUGGCCUCCAUAAAUGCUCUUUAAAUGCAGCAAUGACGCGAGAGGACGAUCUAAUCCGGAUUGCAAAGAAACUGGACAGGAUGGUGUCUAGAAAUAACACGGAGGGCGCCAUGGACCUGCUGAAGGAACUGAAGAGUUUCAAUAUGACACUCAAACUUCUUCAGGAGACGAGGAUUGGCAUGUCUGUGAACGCGAUCAGAAAGCACUGCACAGAUGAGGAGGUCAUUGCCCUGGCCAAGAUUCUCAUCAAAGACUGGAAAAGACUCCUGGACUCCGGCCACUCUCACUCUGAGAAACCGGCUGAGAUGAAGAACGGACUGGACUCCAGUAAAGGUGCAGGGUCUCCAACCCACUCACCGAGAGACACCCAGAGUAGUCACAGGAAACUGGAUGUCAAACUGAAACAUGAAGCAAGUCCUGACACAAAACAGUUGAAUAAAAACAUAAAAGAAAAACCUAACGAUGAGCACAAGACCAGAAAGAGACAUGUGGAUGACCCUAGGGACGAGGAUCACCUCAAGGAAUCUGACAGUGAAAAACAGCCACAAGAACUCAGCAAAGAGAAGAAUUCAGAUGAGUCCAAGAAACCAAAAACUGUAGAGGAGCACCCGUUGGCGGCAGAAAACAAGAAACAGAAGCAUGUACCAGACCUUCAGAGUGAAAGAUACAAACCAGAAACAAGGAAAGAAAGUCUGUAUGAAGAACCAAAAAAGACGAGACAUGUGGAAGAACUCAAAAGGCGAAAGCAGCCUGAGGAGCCCAGGAAGCACAGCUAUGUUGAUGACACGAGAAAGGACAAGCCAAGAGAGGACGGCAGACAUGAGAGGCCCAUGAACGCAUCGCAGCAUGACAGACUGUCAAGAGACCCCCAGAGAGAGAAACCUGCCGAUGCUCACAGGCCUUUAUUUGAAAGAAAGGGAGUGUUGGACAGCAGCGUUCUGUAUCCUACACGGUUCCCUUCUCCUCCCCGACCAGCUAGGCCUCCUCUGCCCGUUAAACGUCCCUCUUUGGACACCAGGAAGGAAAGGAAGGACAGUAAAGACUCGUCCUCCCGACAUCCUCCUCCCAAGGCGCCUCCACCCAUCUCUCCCCCAGCUAAGCAGCAAUCUACGCUUGAAGUGAAGAAAGAGAGGAAAGUUCCACCAGACCCAAACGCACCCAUAGCUCCAUUACCUCUUCACCUUCAUCCUCCUCCACCGAGAAAGGAGCCUCCUGACCCCAACGCUCCGCUACCUCCGCUUCCCCUUCACCUUCACCCACCACCACCUCCUCAAAAACGUCUCUCUCUGGAGGGGAAAAAGGAGCGAGAAAGGAAAGAGUUGUCAGACCUGAAAGCGUCACUGCAGAAGAAACAGACAUCAGAUCAUGUAAAGAAAGACAGAAAAGACUCAUCAGACAGCAAAGUCUCCAAUAAAACCACAGAUGAAACCAAGAGAGAAAGGAAGGAUUCCUCUGGUUCUAAAUCACCUCCUCCCAGAAAACCCAGCCUGGAUGUCAAAAAAGAAAAACAAAGAAAAGACUCAUCGGACUCAAAGUGUGGUCAACCUGUGAAACGUCUGUCAUCUGACUCCAAACCUGACAGACGAGAAUCUACUGAAACAAAGAAAAGCUCCUCACUACCAGCUAAGAAGCUAUCAGCUGACAGGAGAGAGUCCCACGGCUCAACAGCCUCUCAGCCUGGACCUGCACAGAGGAAGCCUUCAACUGACAGCACUGACAGAAAGGGAAAAGUCGAUGCCCCCAAAACUCCCACCACUCCCACCAGCCCCAUGUCCCCCAGCUUCAGUUCAUCUAGUGGUCCACUGUCUCCACAGCUGUCCACUGGAGACUCCAUCAGAGACAAGUGCAUCGAGUUGCUGGCAGCUGCCUUGCGCACAAAUGAUGACUACAAAGAGUUUGGAACAAACUGCGACAGCAUGGCAGCAGAAAUUGAAGAUCAUAUUUACCAGGAUAUUAAGGCCGCUGAUAUAAAGUACAAGAACAGAGUCCGCAGUCGCAUCAGCAAUUUGAAGGAUCCUAAAAACCCAGGGCUACGCAAAAACGUACUGGCCGGGAACAUCGAGCUGAGCCGCAUCGCCUCCAUGUCUGCUGAGGAGAUGGCCAGUGAUGAGCUGAAACAGCUGAGGAGCGUUCUCACCCAGGAGGCCAUCAGGGAGCAUCAGAUGGCCAAAACUGGAGGCACCACCACUGACCUGCUGCAGUGUGAAAAAUGCAGGAAGAAGAACUGCACCUACAACCAGAUGCAGACACGCAGCGCUGAUGAGCCGAUGACCACAUUUGUCUUGUGUAAUGAGUGUGGAUACCGCUGGAAGUUCUGCUGAUUUCAUCCACAUCUUCCCUGAGCAUUUUGAAGCAUCUUUUCUACAAUGAGAGGGACAUUUCUUUAGAGAAUUCAUGAGGGAGGGAUUAUUGCAGAUUAUAAUUUUAAAAAACAAACAAUUAAAAAACAGUUAUGAUUUGUACAUGACAUUUGUUAGCAUGUGCCUACAAUGUUUGCUUUUUCUGAUUUUGAAGACUGAGAAUUAGAUGCUCAAUCAAAUUUAAUGUAGUAAACCAAUUGAUGGUGCCAUCGUUGUGGAAAGACCAGUGUCAUAGUCCGGUGGAUAUGCUGAGCCACAUCGCAGCUGUUUUCUUUGUAUAUAUGAAAUUUUGCUAAACUGAAUAGUGAACUAUGACUGUGUUAGACAUGUGUGAAAACCUCAUUACUAGCGUCAUACCAUGUCAAUUUCAACAGCUUCAUCUUUUAAUAAAUUUUUAUUGUUUGCUUUCAAAA